UCUAACUUAGCUUCUUCUUACAACUACGGUAAGGUAAAGUGCCAAUCAUGUUUGUUUGGGUUUUUCCUUUGAAAAUUGUAUGGUUCGGUUUGAUCUGAUUUAAUUUAAGGGUUUUCUUUCGUUUUAGUGUGUGUUGUUGUUGCAUGUACUUGUUUGCUUUUUUCUUAUUUUUGUGCUAUUUUUCUAGAAUAUGUACUUCUUUUUAGUUUUAAUAUUAGAAAACUUGAUUAUUUCUACGUUCUAAUUUGUUUGCCGAUUCAUGAAGCAGUAAAAACCAGUGUCUUGUCAAAUAAGUAGCGGUUCAAGUGGACAUAUCAUCUUAAAUUAGUACACCCCCGGCUAUAAAAAGAUAGGUCAAGUUUGAUUUAUGCAGUAAUUAAGAAAUACAAGUUAGAAUAGUUAUAUUUAAUUAACUUUCUAUUAUAUCCAUAAUGACAGAGGAAGUAUUUGACUAUACUGCAAAGCCUAGCAUUACUAAACUCUUUUUUAAUAUCUGAAACAUUAAUAGAAAAAACCUCGUAAAGGAGAACACAAAUAUCACAGUGAGCUAUUACCAUAUCUUAAAUGUAUUAUAUUUUGAUAUAUUUCUAUAUCUCAUGUGAUUUUAUUUCGCAAUUGAUUUGAGUCUGUCACUCGAGACUUAACCAGGAACUUCUGCUCAGGGAAUUCAGUCUGUCUCUCUAAGCUUCUUCUUACUUUAUCUGCUGAUUUACAAUUAUGCCUAAGGAAAUAAGAGUAAAAGGGCUCUCAUCUUUGAUUGAUACACUUGGAAGUAUAUUCAAUUUGCAGAGCAAUACUCGUCCCAACACAAUGUCGGUUCAUCAUUCAAAUUUAGAUAGAAUCAGUGACUUACCAGAAGAUGUCCUUCAGAAUAUACUCAUGUGGUUGCCAAUUCGAGAUGCAGUAAGAACUAGUAUCUUGUCAAGUAAAUGGAGGAACAAAUGGGCAGAUGUUCCUCAACUUCUAUUCGACACUACUUUUACUGCGAUAAGUCAGGAAACGCAAACUAAUAAACAUCUCAUUACCAUAUAUGAAGUAUUAUUGCUUCACUCUGGACCAAUUCAUACAUUCGAUCUCUCCUUUCCUGGAUUGAAAAGUUGUCCUGAGAUUGACCGAUUCAUUCUUUUCCUGUCUAGAAAAGGUCUUCAAGAUAUCAAACUUUGCAUCUCAAGUGGAUACCCCCACAAAUUGCCUUCGUACCUUUUUUCAUGUUUGCAACUAAAAUAUCUGUGUCUGAGUUUGUGUAUACUCACACCUCCAACUACAUUCCAAGGAUUUCGUACACUCAUUCGUUUAGAACUUCUGAAUGUCCAACUUCCUUCAAACUUUAAAAACUUUAUCUGCAAUUGUUGGUCACUCGAAGAGCUGAUGUUGGAUGACUGCUCAGAUAUCUCUUGCCUUGAGAUCAGCUGUCCUAAACUAAAACUUCUUUAUUUUAAAGGUUCUUACCAAACUUUGCGCUUAAGAAAUAUGCCUCAUCUUGCGACAGUGUCAAUUUAUGUGACUGAAGCUAAAUCUGAGGGAUUGAAAAUACCUGAUUUAAUUCAGGUACUACAGCUACAUAAUUUACCUGCAGUGAAGUACCUGAGUGUGGAUUAUUAUUUUCUUAAGAACAUGGUCGUUCAUGACGCAUUGAAGAGGCAUCCAACUGCUUUGAAGCACUUGAAAACUAUUAGAACUUUUUAUGUUUCCUUUGCUAUAUUGGAGGAAGUCACAUCUGUUUUUCACUUGCUUAGAAGCUCUCCUAACUUGCAAAACCUUCAAAUUCAGUUUCAUCCAGAAGCUGUUGAACCUUCUGAACUCUUAGAGGCUGAAGACUUCUUAAAAGCUGAAGGGCAGUCUGAUUACUCCUUAAACCAUCUUCAGGGAGUGAAGUUGCAAAAUUUUAACAGUAGCAGGCCGGAAAUAGAGUUUGUCAAGUUUCUGUUAGCCAAAUCACCUGUUCUCGGGACAAUAUCUUUGCAGCCACAUUCAGGGAUGUCCAAUGACGAACAACUUGCAAUACUGAAGGAGAUUAUUCAAUUCCGCCGUACAUCACCUAAUGCACAUAUCAUUUGUGAGGAAUUUGUUGAAGAUCUAGUAGGCUGAUGAUGUAGUAGUUAGCAUGUGAAUGCAUAUGUGGUUAGAAUUAUCACCAAAACUAAGUAUGUUAGGUCCUCAUUUGAUAGAACCCGGUUUGUUUGCGUUACUGCUUUAUAGUAUGUGUUUUCAUGUGUAACAUUGAGACGCUUGACCUUGUCCACUUGUACUUUCACAAGAUUUGUUAAAUUUAUUUCUUUUUCAUUUGA